AUGGCCAACCUGGAUGCAUCAUGGCCUCUUAAUAUUGAGACGAAAUUUGUUGAAAUGUUGGUGGAGCUUAUGAACCAAGGACGACUAGUGGAUGGCCAUAUGCACCCAAAUCAAUGGUUUCCCAUUGCCUCACAAUUGUCGGACAUGUUUGGAGUGACAUACACUGCAAGAAAAUGCAGUGAGAAGUAUAAAAGACUGGGGAUGAAUCACCAUGAAUUUUCUGACCUUCUGACGAGAGAAACAGGGUUUAGAUGGGACCCAAUUUCAAACACUGUUAACAAAAAGGCCAGUCAUUUUCAUAGAAAGGGAAGCCCAAAUUUUGAGUUGUUGGGGGUGCUAUUCAAUGGGUCCACUACUAGAGGUGUGUUGAAGCACUCAUGUGCACAGGAUCCACCUAAUAUUGAUGAGGAGAAUGAGCUGGAUGACGAACUAAGGUUUGGUAUGCUUCUAAGCUCGGCAAGGAGUGCCAGCGACAGUGCACCCCGAGGUAGUGGCGAUGCUGACGUUGUAGAUCGUGGCAACCCUCAUGCCUCUCCUAAUGGCGGGGUCGUGAUAAAUGGUAGUGGACAUUUGGCAAAGCGUACAGUAGUUGAAGCUAGUAGUGGGUCUGGGAGUAGGUCUUGCAGGAAGGGUAAGGAACCCACAUCUUCUUACAUGAAUGAUGCAAUCAAGGAGUUUACUGAGACAACCCGACUGAAAAAAGACUUGAUGAUGGCUAAAGCCAUUAGGGGUAGUCAGGAUGCCAGUAGCGCAGCUAUAUUUGACCCUAUGACCAAGUGUACUGCACUCCUAACUAAAACUACACCUGAACUUGAUGAUGACCACUAUUUUAAGGCGGUUGAACUGCUAAGGGACAAGGAGUUACAAAAAGCAUUUAUAUCCAUGCCCCCAAAAAGGAGCCUUUCAUGGAUUUUGCGCCUUUAG